CUGCUGAACCUAGCAGAUAUCCGGCUGGCGCUGCGCGCCGAGGUGCAGCACCGCACAGAGCCGUACGAGGCGGCGUUCAGCUACGUGCGCGACAACAUGGCGCACGUGUUCGCGACGCCCUGGAGCAUGGUGCUUUCGGUGCUGGUGGGCGCGGUGGCGCUGUUCAGCAUGCGCAUACUGCUGCAGCCGCCGGCCGCGGGACAUGUGCCGGACCUGGUCAAGGUAGCGGGGCUGGCCAAGGCCUUCGAGCCCUUCAUCUACUACAGCGAGAACGGCGUAUCGCAGAUCGGGGACCUGCAGGAGACGGGCGUCGCCGUGUGGGAUUUGGGCGAAAGCGUGCGCCUGACAAACAUGACGUCGGCGCCGAUAAUCGUAAAGGAGCUGGACGACUUGAGCGAGAGUCUCAAGACGCUCUCGAUUGAACUGACCAAGUUCUUCGCGAACGUCGAUGGGGACGUGGAUAGCAUCCUAAUAGUCAUGGACUGGGCGAAGCGCGAACUCUCGCAAGUGCCGAACCUGCCACAAAGCUCACUGGCGUCGCUCUUCGGCAACGUGCACAGUCUACUGACGCGCAUCGGGCUACUAGAGACAGCAGCAGGCACACCCACAGCAGUGGGCAAAGUGAUCAAAGAAGUAUUCGGGCAGACAGGGCCACAGCGCACCAAAGCGACGCUGCAGCGCACCUUCAACGAGUUCCUAAACGUGCUCGAAGAGAGCAUCAACAACGAGCUGACGGCCUCGACGGCCCUCUUCGCCCUCUACGAGGCCAUCGACCGGCAGUUCCUCAACCUACAGCGCACCGUCCUACGUGAGACAGACCAGCAAGAGCGCGAAGAAGGCGACCUCCUCUCCUCGCUGUGGACGCGCCUCAUGGGCGCCAACGCCAGCCGGCUGCGCAAAUACGAAAAAAACCGCCAACUGCUCGCGACGCUGCGCGCGCGCACGCUGCUCAACAAGGGCGCCCUCGGCGACCACCAGGGGAAACUACAACAGCUAAAAAGCAAUCUCGAAAUGCUGAGAAAACGUCUGGUUAGCCCCCUGCUGCGCAGUAAUGAGAGCAGUACCCUCGCCAUCGAGGACCAGAUUAAGGGCCUCGAUGGUACGUAUGAGUAUUUGCAUGGCGUUAGGGAGCGCCAGAAAAGUAAGGUUAUGGGCCUGCUUUAUGGGCCUAGUGAACGC